AUGUCUCAUAAUUGUCCCCAUUCUUAAAUAAUAUAAAAAUUUUAUUCAGUAUGUUUCAAGACUCUUUAUUAAUUAUAAACUCAGAUUUUGUGUCCAAACGUAAACGUUUGUUGAUAUUCUUAUUGCAUGGAGGAUUUCAAAUCCAAGGCCGUCGGAUGAUCCAGUUUACACCUGAGCUUGCUGCAGAAUUCUAUAAAGACAAAAGUGAAGAUUUAGAUUUUAUGCUUCAUGUAAUUCUUUUGUCAAAAGCUCCCUCGGAAGCUUUGAUUUUAUCUAAAGAAAAUGCAGUGGAAGAUUUGAUCAAAACCUUCUUAUGCUAUUUCGGCAAUUCUGCUGAAAUGGAAAAAUUUGUUCACGCCACCUGUUGCUUAGAAAAAGUUCAAGAAGAAAUUUGUUUUAUUUUUCCCAAUUACAUCUAUGAGCCAAUCAGAUGCCUAGGGCAACAUGACUUUUCAUGCGAUAACCCUUUGAUAUCUUCACAAAUAAUCAAAGUCUACGACUUAGUUGGCAAGCCCGACACUGGUCCACUCAAGAGCUGGAAGCGAAAAUUAGCAGAGUGGCUAAUUCAUUCAAAUAAAGACCUGCCGCAAGUAUCCAAUCAAUGUUCUAAAAAUCCAGCUUUAAAUAUACACGAAAUGGCAGAACAAACAAAAGGAACAGCGCUGCCGUAUAGGCAGGGAGAUCUACAAUCUAAAACUAAGACUUCAAAUUCUUCUGUGGAUUUUGAUAGCGAUGGAACAUCUUUUAGUAUAACAACAUCGUCAUGUGUAACUUGCUCAGGUUUUAGUGGUAGGGAAGAAUAUGUGCAGCAACAACAGUCUCUUACAGAUAUUAUAAACUCCAAAACCGCCCCACUGUCUGCCAUUAAUAGCACAUCUAGCACAACUGGAGUAUCACAAAUUGAUCACGAUAAGGUUAUUGUAGUGGUGACUGAAGAAAUGGAGGAGCAGAAAUCUGAAAUAAUUGAUGAUAGGGAAACAGCAGUGGUUGACGAAUUGGGUAAUCUUCCUGAUGUCAACUCAAAUGAGUCUAAGGAGAGCGCUUACACGGGGUAUCAAAAAACUUCUAUUGUAAUUCCUUCUAACUCUUUCUGUUCUAUACUGGAAUGUUCUAGAAGCAACCAGGCAUAUACCACGGCACCUCUUGCAACAACGAAUGAAGAGGACAUAAGAGUAUUUCGAAAAUCUGGGUAUGAUAAUGCUGGGGAAGCUUUAAAAAGUUAUAAAGACAUCAAAGUCAUGAACGAAGUUAAACAUAUAAUUGGAGAAGUAAACCGAGAUGAUAAUUUGGGAUUUAAAAAAUCUCUUCAGCAGGAAAACCAAGAAGAAUUAUUUACGGAUGAGGGGGAACAAGCCUACAUAUCUCCAGAGCAAAUCGCUGAUUCUGUGUUAGCGGCAGAAGAAGAAUCAAACGCCCUGGCCAUCCAAGAAGAUAUAGAGCAAUAUUCGAAUGAAAAUGAAUAAGAGUUUAGUCAAAAUAUAUUUGUAAGCCUUAUUUGGGAUUUUUAUUGUCAAGUUAUGCCAAUCCACUUUAUUCUAAAUCGAUAAAUUCUCAAAAUCCUUCUAUAACUAUUAAAUGGAUAAAAAUAAUUCUAA